AUGUACAUAGGAGUCUGCGGAUUGGUUUUCGACGUACAGGAAAGCGACAACUUUAGGCCGGAUUUUGGUAUUUUAUUCUGAAUAGUGUGUCGUCCUCGUCAGUGCUGCUCCGACUAAUUAUUUCGCAUGAAGUUUAUUGUCAUCCCUGUUUUAUUCGUAGGCCCACGACAUGAUCAUGAUGCGAAGAUCGAUCGUCUCAAUCUCAAUGUAGCUUCACCAAGGAUCACGAAUUACCGGAGAACGAGGAGCCGCUAGAUCUGGUACAGCUACGACGAGGACCCAGCAAAACAAGAUCAACCUAACAUCUGAGGAACCAACCACGCAACAAGAAUCCUCGUGGAUCCAGGCGAAGCCAAGUUUCAGCAGUACGAGAGGGAUUGUCCCGCAGUUGUUAUCUGGACAGGUGGCAGGACGAGCUCAGCAAGCACAUGGGGCGAGUAAAAAUGGAUUGCAGGAGCAUGAUGGGGGACCUGCUCAGCUUCUCGGUGGUGCUAUGCUGAGUAAAAAAGUACCCACACCAGAGUCAAGAUGGGGAUUUUGCAACACAAACCUUGAUGAAGUUUUGGGAGCCACGCAUGACAAAUUGCAGGCUGUAUUGUAAUGCAGUUUAGCAAGGGAAACCGCAUUACAAACUUAUCUGCUUAUCCUGUUUACAGCAUUACAAGUUCCAAAACACAAUUGGAAAUGGCUCUCAUGGGGAUGCGCAUUACAAGUCUUCCUGGUUUUGCAAAUCUGCAUUACAACUCUGGUGUGGGUACGUUUUUACUCAGGAUAGGUGCAGAUGAGUUCCCGCAGUUGAUGCAGUGGAUGAACAUCAUAGCGCCGGCACUUGAAAAUGCAUUCUUCUCCGAAAGCAUCUGA